AAAGAUAUUUCAUUGAAUAUAAGUACAUCUAUAAUAUUGCAAUCUACGUUUCGUGUUUCAAUUAAUAAAUUACAAUUUUAUUUUGUUGUAACAGCGCAUUGACUUGCAUGUAAGUCAUGAGAAUCUUCAGUCAUUACUUAUAUAUAUUAUCGUCAUCCGUUCAUUUGUUCUUAGAUGGCGCGUAGCCAUAAACGGCGAUCGAGUUUUGGUUCACUAUUAUUGUAUUACAGUUAGACAAAUAGAAGACAAACGAAUAUAUUAUUACAUGAAUAUGGCAAAAGAAUUAAGAGAAGGUCUUUUAUUGGGAAUCGGUAAUCCCCUUCUAGAUAUUUCAGCUACAGUGAGUGAAGAUUUUUUAAAGAAAUAUGAUCUUAAACCCAACGAUGCAAUUCUUGCCAUUGAGAAACAUAAGCCUCUAUAUGAUGAGCUUAUUGAGCACUAUAAUGCAGAUUUUAUUGCUGGAGGAGCUGCACAAAAUUCAAUGAGAGUGGCACAAUGGUUUUUAGGGAAACCCAAAGUUGCAAUAUUUAUGGGUUCUGUUGGAAAAGAUAAAUACUCAGAAAUUUUAGAAGAAAAAGCAAAAGAAAAUGGUUUAAAUGUAAGAUAUCAAUAUGUAGAUGAAGUAACAACUGGAACUUGUGCAGUUUUGAUUACUAAUGGUGGAAAAUAUCGUUCUCUUUGUGCAAACUUAUCGGCAGCAAAUUAUUUUUCACCAUCACACAUCGAAGAACCAGAAAAUAAAAAGCUUAUACAAGAAACAAAUUGUUAUUACAUAUCAGGAUUUUUCUUGACAGUCAGUCCAGAAACAAUACAGGCUGUAGCUAAACAUGCAUUUCAACAUGAUAAAGUACUCAUGAUGAAUCUUAGUGCUCCAUUUCUAUGUGAAUUGUACAAAAAACCAAUGAGAGCUGCUUUGCCUUAUGUUGAUGUCUUAUUUGGUAAUGAAACAGAAGCAGCAGCUUUUGCAAAGGCAAAUGAUUUUGAAACAACAGAUUUGAAAGAAAUAGCUAUUAAAAUUUCAAAUUUGGAAAAAAUUAAUGCUAAAAGAAAAAGAAUUGUUAUUAUAACACAAGGUUGUAGCCCUGUAUUAUUAGCCAAAAAUGGUUUUAUAAAAGAAUAUUGUGUUACGAAAUUAACAGAAGAUAAAGUCAUUGAUACAAAUGGAGCUGGUGAUGCCUUUGUAGGAGGUUUUUUAGCUCAGUAUAUACAAUACCAUAGUCUAGAUACCUGUAUAAAAUGUGGAAUUUGGGCAGCAACUCAAAUAAUACAAAGAUCUGGAUGUACUUAUGAAGGAAAGCCAGAUUUUGCACCAUGAUAAGCUUUGUUUUUUUUUUUCAAUCAAUCCUGUAUAUUGUACUUAAUUAAAUAAUCAAAAUUCUUGGGUUGUUGUUGUUUUAUACAAACAACAUUUUCUUAAUAGCAAUCAUGUUCUUAAAGCAAUAACAAAAUAAUUCAAUAAUGGGAACAAUUGUAUGUGAAUUAUAUAUGAAUGUGC